AUAAUAUAAAUAUUUUCGCAUUUUAAUUUUAAUUUUAAUUUCGUCUUCUUCAAUUUCCAUUGAGGGGUUUAGGGUUUCCUUCCUUUCACUGUAACAAUGUCCAUAUCUCAAGAUCUUUACCCUUCUCAAGAUGAUCUUCCCUACGAAGAAGAACUUCUUCGAAACCCCUUCAGUCUCAAGCUAUGGUGGAGAUACCUCAUUGCUCGUGCCGACUCGCCAUUCCAAAAACGCUUCAUCAUCUACGAGCGAGCUCUCAAAGCUCUUCCAGGAAGCUACAAACUCUGGCACGCUUAUCUCAGAGAACGCCUCGAGUUGGUUCGUAACCUACCCGUCACUCACUCCCACUUUGAGACCUUAAACAAUACCUUCGAACGAGCUCUCGUUACAAUGCAUAAGAUGCCCAGAAUUUGGAUCAUGUACCUCCAGACUUUGACGGACCAGAAAUUCAUAACUCGGACUCGACGAACCUUCGAUAGAGCACUAUGCGCUUUACCAGUCACUCAGCACGAUCGAAUUUGGGAGCCUUACCUCGUUUUCGUCAGCCAAAAGGGUAUUCCGAUUGAGACUUCGCUUCGCGUUUAUCGAAGGUAUUUAAAGUACGACCCUAGUCAUAUUGAGGAUUUCAUUGAGUUUUUGAUAAAUUCUGGUCUUUGGCAAGAGGCAUCUGAGAGGUUAGCUUCUGUGUUGAACGAUGAUCAGUUUCAUUCUAUUAAGGGAAAGACUAAACAUAGGCUUUGGUUAGAAUUGUGUGAUUUGCUGACUAAACAUGCUAAUGAGGUUUCUGGGUUGAAUGUGGAUGCGAUUAUAAGGGGUGGGAUUAGGAAGUUUACUGAUGAGGUUGGUCGUUUAUGGACCUCUCUGGCUGAGUAUUACAUAAGGAGAAAUUUACAUGAGAAAGCUAGAGAUAUAUUUGAGGAGGGUAUGACUACUGUAGUUACGGUUAGAGAUUUUAGUGUUAUUUUUGAUUCUUAUGCUCAAUUUGAAGAGAGCAUGCUGGCUCAUAAAAUGGAGGUUAUGGAUUUGAGCGAUGAUGAAGAAGAGGAAGAGGAUGGCGAUGAAGAGGAUGAAGAUGUGAGGUUGAAUUUGAAGUUGUCUUUGGCUGAAUUUGAGAAGAAGAUUCUUAGUACUUGUUGGCUACACGAUGAUAAGGAUGUAGAUUUGAGGUUAGCUAGAUUGGACAAUCUCAUGGAUAGAAGACCCGAGUUAGCGAAUAGUGUUCUUUUACGGCAGAAUCCACAUAAUGUGGAGCAAUGGCAUCGGAGGGUAAAGCUGUUUGAGGGUAAUCCUACAAAACAGAUCCUUACUUACACUGAGGCGGUGAGGACAGUUGAUCCCAUGAAAGCAGUGGGGAAACCGCAUACGCUGUGGAUUGCUUUUGCAAAGCUGUAUGAGACCCAUAGUGAUAUUGUGAAUGCAAGAGUGAUCUUUGAUAAAGCAGUGCAGGUGAACUACAAGACUGUGGAUAAUCUGGCUACUAUUUGGUGUGAGUGGGCCGAAAUGGAAUUGAAGCAUAAAAAUCCUAAAGGGGCAUUGGAGCUGAUGAGACGUGCUACAGCAGAGCCAUCAGUGGAGGUUAAACGUAAAGUGGCUGCUGAUGGAAGCGAACCAGUACAAAUGAAGCUCCACAAGUCUUUGAGACUAUGGACUUUGUACGUUGAUUUGGAGGAGACUUUCGGCUCUUUGGAGUCCACCCGAGAAGUCUACGAAAGGAUAAUGGAUCUGAGAAUAGCCACGCCACAAAUUAUUAUUAAUUACGCAUAUCUAUUGGAGGAAAAUAAAUACUUUGAAGAUGCAUUUAGGGUGUAUGAAAGAGGGGUGAAGAUAUUUAAGUAUCCACAUGUCAAAGACAUAUGGGUAACUUACCUAACGAAAUUUGUGAAGAGAUAUGGACGGACAAAACUAGAACGUGCAAGAGAACUAUUUGAGCACGCUAUUGAAACGACCCCUGCUGAUGCAGUGAAACCUCUGUAUCUACAAUAUGCCAAACUGGAGGAGGAAUAUGGUCUGGCGAAGCGAGCUAUGAAGGUCUAUGACCAAGCCACUAAGGCUGUUCCGAACAGUGAAAAAUUUAGUAUGUAUGACCUAUACAUCAACCGGGCUGCUGAGAUCUUUGGUGUCCCAAAAACUAGGGAAAUAUAUGAGCAAGCUAUAGAAUCUGGUCUUCCAGAUAAAGAUGUGAAGAAAAUGUGUUCAAAGUAUGCAGAGCUUGAGAAGAGCUUGGGAGAAAUUGACCGAGCUCGUGCGAUAUUUGUCUUUGCAUCGCAAUUUUCAGACCCACGAUCAGAUACAGAUUUCUGGCAAGAGUGGAAUAACUUUGAAGUGCAACAUGGCAAUGAAGAUACCUUCAGAGAAAUGCUUCGUAUUAAACGAAGUGUUUCUGCAAGUUACAGCCAGACGCACUUUAUUCUGCCAGAGUAUCUGAUGCAGAAAGAUCAAACCGUCGACCUGGAUGAGGCGAAAGAGAAAUUGAAACAGGCAGGUGUCCCCGAAGAUGAAAUGGCUGCUCUAGAGAGGCAGUUAGCUCCUGCAGCAAACGAUCCUAUCGCUAAAGAUGGUAAUAGGAAGGUGGGAUUCGUGAGUGCUGGAGUACAAUCACAAACCGAUGAAGGGUUGAAAGUCACAGCAAAUCACGAAGAUAUUGAGCUGCCAGAAGAAAAUGACUCUGACGAAGACAACGAAAUAGUUGAACUCAAGCAAAAAGAUGUACCUGAUGCUGUUUUUGGAGAGUUGGCUCACAAGAGAAGAGAAAAUGAAGAGGAUGAAGCUCAGAACAAAGACGAUGAAAGUCGUUUGGGUGCACUCGAGAGAAUCAAGAGGCUCAAAAAGCCUUAGGAUGUAACAGACUGAUAAGAGCUUUUUAGGCUGUAAAAUUGUUGAUUCCUUCUUAUUUAGAAGAUGUUGUUAACUAGUAAUUCUAGUAUUUUUUGUCAUUUUUGUAAUAACUUGAGUUUUUGAAGAAAAGUUAUUUUUAUGAGUAAAAA